GGAGUCGGAACCCGAGCGGAAGCGGGCUCGCACCGAUGAGGCGACCGCGGAGGAGGAGCAGCAGGACAGCGGCAGCGAACCCCGGGGCGAUGAGGACGACAUCCCGCUGGGCCCCCAGUCCAACGUCAGCCUCCUGGAUCAGCACCAGCACCUCAAAGAGAAAGCCGAAGCCCGCAAGGAGUCGGCCAAGGAGAAGCAGCUCAAGGAAGAAGAGAAGAUCCUGGAGAGUGUGGCUGAGGGCCGAGCCCUGAUGUCCGUGAAGGAGAUGGCCAAAGGCAUCACGUAUGACGACCCCAUUAAGACCAGCUGGACACCGCCCCGCUACGUCCUGAGCAUGUCUGAAGAGCGGCAUGAGCGCGUGCGGAGGAAGCACCGCAUCCUGGUGGAGGGAGAUGCCAUCCCGCCGCCCAUCAAGAGCUUCAAGGAGAUGAAGUUUCCGGCAGCCAUCCUAAGAGGUCUGAAGAAGAAAGGCAUCCACCAGCCGACGCCCAUUCAGAUCCAGGGCAUCCCUACCAUCCUGUCCGGCCGUGACAUGAUAGGCAUUGCCUUCACGGGUUCAGGCAAGACGCUGGUCUUCACGUUGCCUGUCAUCAUGUUCUGCCUGGAGCAGGAGAAGAGGUUGCCUUUCUCCAAGCGUGAGGGCCCCUAUGGGCUUAUCAUCUGCCCCUCGCGGGAGCUGGCCCGGCAGACCCACGGCAUCCUGGAGUAUUACUGCCGCCUGCUGCAGGAGGACAGCUCUCCACUCCUGCGCUGUGCUCUCUGCAUCGGGGGCAUGUCCGUCAAAGAGCAGAUGGAAACCAUCCGACACGGCGUGCACAUGAUGGUGGCCACCCCUGGGCGCCUCAUGGACCUGCUGCAGAAGAAGAUGGUCAGCCUGGACAUCUGCCGGUACCUGGCCCUGGACGAGGCCGACCGCAUGAUCGACAUGGGCUUUGAGGGUGACAUCCGCACCAUCUUCUCCUACUUCAAGGGCCAGCGGCAGACUCUGCUCUUCAGUGCCACCAUGCCGAAGAAGAUUCAGAACUUUGCCAAGAGCGCCCUGGUAAAGCCGGUCACCAUCAACGUGGGGCGUGCCGGGGCUGCCAGCCUUGACGUCAUCCAGGAGGUGGAAUACGUGAAGGAGGAGGCCAAGAUGGUGUACCUGCUCGAGUGCCUGCAGAAGACACCCCCGCCUGUGCUCAUCUUCGCCGAGAAGAAGGCGGAUGUGGACGCCAUCCAUGAGUACCUGCUUCUCAAGGGGGUGGAGGCCGUGGCCAUCCAUGGGGGCAAAGACCAGGAAGAACGGACCAAGGCCAUUGAGGCCUUCCGGGAGGGCAAGAAGGACGUCCUGGUGGCCACAGACGUAGCCUCCAAGGGCCUGGACUUCCCCGCCAUCCAGCACGUCAUCAACUACGACAUGCCAGAGGAGAUCGAGAACUAUGUGCACCGGAUCGGCCGCACCGGGCGCUCAGGAAACACGGGCAUUGCCACCACCUUCAUCAACAAGGCCUGUGACGAGUCCGUGCUGAUGGACCUCAAAGCCCUGCUCCUGGAAGCCAAGCAGAAGGUGCCUCCCGUGCUACAGGUGCUGCACUGCGGGGACGAGUCCAUGCUGGACAUCGGAGGAGAGCGUGGCUGUGCCUUCUGCGGGGGCCUGGGCCAUCGGAUCACCGACUGUCCCAAGCUCGAGGCCAUGCAGACCAAGCAGGUCAGCAACAUCGGCCGCAAGGACUACCUGGCCCACAGCUCCAUGGACUUCUGAGCCGGCGCCCUGUCCCAUGGGGCUGCAGUCGUGGGCUGAGCUCCAGUCACACACACUCACACACACACACACACGUACACGUGCACACACACACACAGACACACAUACACACUGGUACACGUGCGCACACACACAGACACACGUACACAUGCACACAGUCACACACACACACACAUGCACACACCAACUCACCCCACCCCUCCCCACUGCACCCUGGACAAGAAACCAGUACCUGGUCAGGGCCAGGCCGGGCCUGGCUGCCUGCUCCCUCUGCCCCGGAAUUACUUUUUUGCUCCCGUCUACCCCAGCAACCAUUAAAGCACAAGCCGCCUUACCGGA